GAAACUAGUGCGCGCGGGAAGGCCGUUGAGUUCUCGAAUUAAAUGGUUGGAGAAUCAGUGAAGGUUCUGCAUCUGAAAAUUACUGAAUACAUAUCUAAGGGAGUGAGAAUGGGAAAGAAGAAAGCAGGAGUGGAAGGGAGACAGCCGACUACAGAAAAAGAGAGUGUCGAUGAGGAGGUAUAUGAGGUGGAAAAAGUGGUGGACAAGCGCAUACAUAAGGGAAAGGUUGAAUACCUUUUGAAAUGGAAGGGAUAUCCUUCCAGUGAAAAUACCUGGGAACACGAAGACAGUUUAGACUGCUCAGAGUUACUUCAAGAGUACGAAAAGAAUAGGGCACGGGAAAGGCAUGAGGCAGCAGUAAAAAAGGAGAAAAAAGAGAAGAGGAAAGAACCCAGUGACAUUAAGAUUGAAGGUAAAACCAAGAGACAAAAACUGUCAGAAACAGCAGUUGGUGGCAAGAAGGAAAGAUCGUGCCUGCCAGCAAGUGAGUCAAAUGAUGCCACUGAAGAGGAGACUGGAAGAGAAGAUGAUCUUGAUCCCCUUGCUGAAGGAUGGGAAGCUUCUGAUAUUCUUGGAGCCACAGAUGUGGAAGGGAAAGUUCAUUUCCUCAUAAAGUGGAAAGACUCUGACAGAGCAGAUUUGAUACCAUCCACUAUUGCAAAUAAAAGAUGGCCACAGAUAGUUAUUAAGUUUUAUGAAGACAGGGUAACAUGGACCCAAACAAAUGAUAACGAGGAAAAUGGAGACAGUUGAGGGAGUUUUUAACCUAUCAUCUUUUUAUUUUGCAACUUGAUUAUAACAUAAACUGUCUUAAAUCAGUUGCUGUAUAGGCAUAUUAUUGUUCUUCCUUAUCUGUGACAGCACUAUACAAAUCGCAAGGAAAGGUUUUUAGGCCAAUUCAGAAGGGUACACAAGGCACAAGUUUGUUUACCUUGAUGUUCUCUCAACUUCUUUUGUUUGUGUUUUGAUAUUUUUUAACAACAACAUGACAACAGCUAGGUGAGGGUUUGUAACAUCAAUGAUACCUUUGAAUGUCACAGAACUCCACAGUAUCAUUGUCCAAGUAGAUAACAGUAAACAGCAAUGAGGAAAAGGUCAAAGAAAUGUCAUGGAGUUUUAUGAUUUUAUAAGAGCCUAAACCCUGUACAAUAGUUCCUGUUAAUUGAAAAUAUGAUGAUCAGGGCUCGACACUAACGGUAGCCCACCAGCCACAAACUAGUAGAAAUUCAGUUU